GAAAACGGUGACAGAAAGUGCAAGCAGCCGGGAAUCGUGUCCCCCUUCAAACGAGUCUUCCUGAAGGGCGAGAAGGGCCGCGAUAAGAAGGCCCAGGAGAAGGUGACGGAGCGGCGGCCCCUUCACACCGUCGUGGUGGCCCUGCCCGACCGCGUCGAGCCCGACGUCCUGCUCAACGACUACAUUGAGAAGGAAGUGAAGUAUUUAGGCCAACUGACGUCCGUCCCCGGCUACCUGAAUCCCUCCAGCCGCACCGAGAUCCUGCAGCUGAUAGAUAAUGCCAAGAGGGCACAUCAGCUCCCGGGGCAGCUGACUCCAGAGCACGACGCCGUGAUCAGUCUGUCCGCCUACAACAUCAAGCUGGUGUGGAGGGAUGGGGAAGACCUCAUCCUCCGGGUGCCCAUCCACGACAUCGCGUCCGUCUCCUACAUCCGUGACGACUCCUCGCACUUGGUGGUGCUGAAAACAGCUCAGGACCCCGGGAUCUCCCCGAGCCAGAGUCUGUGUGCUGAGAGCUCCAAGGCGCUGACGUCGGGCUCGCUGUCCGAGAGCGGCGUGGUGCCCGUCGAAGCUUGUUGCUUGGUGGUCCUGGCUACGGAGAACAAAGUGACAGCAGAGGAGCUCUGCUCGCUUCUCAGCCAAGUCUUCCAGAUCGUUUACACCGAGUCCACCAUAGACUUCUUAGACCGGGCCAUAUUCGACGGGGCGUCCACGCCGACGCGGCACCUGUCCCUGCACAGCGAUGACUCCUCUACAAAAGUGGACGUUAAGGAACCUUACGAAGCGGAGGAGAGUGGCUUCUCCUUUCCAGAAGGCCUGGACGUAGAUGACAGCUCCCCCUCAUCUUUCUCCACGCAACAGUCUCCGCACGUUAAAACCAUCAGCGAGAGCGAGCUCAGCACCACGGCCACGGAGCUGCUCCAGGACUACAUGAUGACGCUCCGAACGAAACUCUCUUCCCAAGAGAUCCAGCAGUUUGCAAUGCUCUUGCACGAGUAUCGCAACGGGGCCUCGAUCCACGAGUUCUGCAUCAACCUGAAGCAGCUCUAUGGGGACAGCAGGAAGUUCCUGCUCUUAGGCCUGCGACCCUUCAUCCCCGAGAAGGACAGCCAGCACUUCGAGAACUUCCUGGAGACCAUCGGCGUCAAGGACGGCCGGGGCAUCAUCACAGACAGUUUUGGGAGGUACAGGCGGACGCUGAGCACGACCUCCAACUCCACGACCAACGGCAACGGCGCCGCCGGCAGCUCGGACGAGCAGUCCGUGCCCUCGGAGGAGGACGAGUGGGACCGCAUGAUCUCGCACAUCAGCAACGACAUCGAGGCCCUGGGCUGCAGCAUGGACCGCGAUUCCUCGUGAGAGGGAGCAGGGGGA